GCAGAAUAUUUUUUCACUUCGGCAAGUCGCGCGGCGAGUGUUUUGUUGCUAAAAAUUUUCGUGAAUUUACCUACGAAAUCGGUACCCAAAGUGGAAAAACCCUAUGUUCCGUUACCGUUGGGAAAGUGAGGCAUCGUUUCAGUUUGAUUUUCGAUAUGAAAACCCGUGGAAAUAGGUGAAAAAUUGCUGUUUUCUUCCCGGGUAAACAACACGGCGUCCAUUCCGGACGGAGGAGGAGCUUGGCCCUAAGAUGAGCAGCCGGAUGGACAAUCUGGACCUGCUGACGGACGACGAGCUGCGGCAUCGUCUGAUUCAGUACGGCUUCCAGAAUCUGCCCAUAACCAGCAACACUCGGAAGCUGUUGAUCAAAAAGCUACGCAAUCACAUGGAAAACGAGAAGGGCAAACUGAGACGGGAGACGAGCUUUGCGACGCGAUAUUCCUCCGGGGAGGAAUCCGAUGGAGAUAAGCGUUCGGCGAAAAGUGGACGGAGAUCGACUGCGGCGGGGGCGGGGGCCAGUAGUAGUGGUACGCGGUCUACGAUGCCACCUCCCGCGGCGAGACCUGCCAGCAGACGGAACACCACUACCAUAUCAACCACCAGCAGCAGUCCGCUGAGGAAUAAUAACAACAACAGCAGUAGCAGCGCCAGUCAUAACAAAUCAAUUUCUCCUGGGUCCAAUCGGAGUUCGGUGUACAUUUCGCCGGUGAUUAUCAACGACAGCGAGGAGGAGGACUACUCCGGCGGGCUGCGGACAACGAGUCGCGUUUUCGGCAACCAAUCCCCUUCGGUUAGCACACUAUUCCGACGCACCACCACGGCUGGCGCCUAUUCGACACCCACCCGGCCAUCCAUAGCGGCACCGGUGUCUCCUUUAUCCACCGGACCGCACCCCACUGCCACUGGUUACCGAGCGACCAUUGGUUCCGCUACCAAUGCCGGGCUCGACCUGAACAGCUCGACCAAUUCCAACGGCAGUGCGUCGGAUUUCAGUGAGUAUACCAAACGGUUACUGCAGCUGCGAGGCGAGACGGUAUCGCACGAGAACUACAACAACGCCAUCGGAAAUGCCAUAGGAAGUGGAAUUAGUGGAGCCGCUGCUGGUGGUCCUAGUUCCUCCGGCGGGGGAAGUAAUCUCAGCUUAAAUCACAGUGGAGCUCCGAUCAGUGGCAAUCACUUCCGCAGUCGAUACAGCAGCUAUGCCAACCGAUAUGGCAUUGGGAAUCACAGUGGAGGAGACGUUAGUGGGAUCAGCAGCGCCAACAACAACAGCGGGACAUUCAACGAGAACGACAUCGUGACCCAUGCUCAACCGGAUCCGGAACCGCCGCAGAUACCACUGCGAGUAGCGAUGGGAAAUCUGCUUUCGAAGCUGGACGAACACUACGGCUUCAAGCAGACGUUUAUUCCGUGCGCGCUGCUGUGCCUGUUCAUUGCCUUCCUGGUGUUUGUGGCCUUCAUGUAUAUGACCAUCAGUACGGACAUUGCCAGCACGCUCAGUUCCAUCGAUACGAGGUAUGAUCUAUGCGACGGCACGAUAAAAGACACAAACAAAUGCAUUGCCCAGUCAGAGCUUGAAUCGGCACUGGAUCUGCUGAAGAUCGUCGGAAGCGAACUGAAAAGCCGAGUGGAACACAGCAAGUGCGUCGAUUCCAGCGUGUCGUACUGGAUGAGCGCCAACGAGGUUCUGAAACUGGCCAAGGAACACAGCCCCAACAUAUUGAUUCCGCAGCUGACCAAACAUUUGCACGCGAUGGAGUACUUGAUCGAUCGGAAUCCCCAGUGGAGGAUAAACCAUUGCGAUCAGGACGGCAAGGAGAUAGAUUUCAUAGAAGUGCUCCGCAGGCGGCCAACCAAGAGUAACUACUUUGCCAUACUGAAACCGAAGCUACCGUUCACCUGCAUGUUGUACAACAAGUUCCACACGUUCUUCGUGAUCAUCGGCGUUCUGGGACUGGUUGGAAUAAUCACAUAUCUGGUCAACUACUUCCUCAAGUUUGUGCUCUACGUCAAGCAGAAGCGUAAAAAUCAGGUCAACGUAUUGAUAAGCGAGAUCAUUCAAGCGGUCAGUCAAGCCGCAAAUGAUCCCUCGGAUGAGGGUGGAGUGGUAAUCGUUAAUCAUCUGCGCGAUCGACUGAUCACACCGGAUAAUCGAAAGAAACUAGAAUGGGCAUGGGUUGAGGCGUUACAAUUCCUUGAACAAAACGAAAGCCGAAUCCAGUUCGAAGUGGGGAACCGCGGAGGGGAAGACUUUAAAAUGAUGCGCUGGAUCGAUACGGCACCACCACCAUCAACUGGCCGGUCCGUUCCGGGUGGUGCCAAGAAGUGGCAAAGUCCAGCAUUCGACAACACCAACAAAAUUCCCGACCCGCCAACGCCUUGCCUCAAGAUUCGCCAAAUGUUCGACAAGUACGAGGUGAAUGAUCCCAACCUGAAAACCAUUGUCCAGGACGCCAUUCUGGAGAAGGUCGGCGUGCGGUGCAAAAUCUACGACAUCCAGUUAGACCGAAGCACCUGUUGCGUGUACGUUCGCUGUGCCACGGCCAAAGAUGCUGGAAUCGUGCACGACGAAAUCAACGGAUGGUGGUUCGACAAUCGAUUAGUUUCGAUCAAAUUCCUUCGACUGGAACGCUACCUGGCACGGUUUCCCAGGUCGUCUGCUGGCCCGGUUUGCCUAAAGCCAUCGAAUCGUAACAACAGCUCAAUGUCACAGCAGCAGCCCGCAGAACGACCAUCGACGAAUCCGCUGGAACGGGACGACGACGAGGAGGAGGAAGAGGAAGAGGACGAUCUGGAGCUCGAACAGGAACCCGAGUGCUAAGUUGUUUUAGAGUUUAUUUUAUUCUAGUUUUUAAAAUAGUUUUAGUUGUAAAUUAACACGGCUGCUUUAAAUGAUGUAAAUUGUUUGAUCGUGAGUUGAAUUUCGAGCGUAAACCCUUUUUUCUUUUAUUCAUCGUUAGAGAAACAUAUAGAUUUUGGUAAUUGACUCCGCAGCGAUAAGAAUACACGAAACACAAAAUGCCAGAAAAUAUCGUUAAAGUUAGGGAAUUUAAACCACAGAUAGAAAAAAAUAAACUCUUUGUUGAUGUACACUGUUGAGAUGUUGUUUGAGAAAAAUAACACUUAAACCGCGAAAGCGGAUUUUAUCAUUUUGCAUUGAAAUGAUUGCGACUGUUUACAAACGGCUCAGACGGAGAUAAUAAACAAGCGAGAGACGUAAUUGUUAUCACUGUUCUUUUAAUUUAACAAAAAAAAAUCGUACCGUGUAUCUACUGACUAAACGAUACUGAGAGCGGGUGCAUGUUGACCAUACGACGACACAAACACACACAAAAGCGGAUGCAAACUGACGAGACGACGAUAAUGCGCUAUCAUCAUUUUAGUUGGUAAUUGAAAAAAAAAAACAAAAUCUAA